CUCUCAUCCACUAAUUCUGAUAUCAAACCCCUUUUAGCUACGCCGUUGUUUUUCAUAUCCUCGCCACGUGUUAUCUUAUAGUCAACUUGCUUCACGUUUUAACCUUUUAAAAAUUAAGAAAAUAUUUAAUCACAAAAAAAAAGCCAUAAUUAUUUUAAAAAAAUUCAGUCUUCUAUUUGUUCUCUAGAACCUCCCAGAAAUCUCUCAUAUUUUGAAUUUACGGUAAAAAAAGAAGCUGUUUCGGUUAAUUGGUGAAUCACUUUGUACUGCGGAUUUUGGAGCUUUGGUUUUUUGGUGAAGUUGUGCGUUUACUGGAAAAAAAUCUGUUCUUUUUUUCUUUGGAGUAUUUGAUUUUCCGGUGAAAUUUGUCUGUUUCAGCUGAUAAAAAGAUGGAAUUUAUGUUUAGUGGUGGAUAAGGAUCUAGGAGGAAUGUCUGACUUUUUGUAUGAGCUUGAAGAUAAUGUUUGGGAUGAAUUUGGUGCUAGUGCUAUCGAUGAUCAUAUAGUUCCUCGUACUGUUGAUGAAUAUGGGGCUCAAUUCAAAAUUCAAGGGGAUUGUCGAACAAAACCACAACAUGAAGUGAUUGGAGUUGCUAGGAAUGCAGAUAAUACGGCUAAAUAUGGUAUUUUGGGCAAGAAGAAAAAAGGCAUUCAUACUUUGACCAAGAACAAAAUGUUGGAAAAAUACCCUUGGUCUCACAGUUCUGAUGGCAUAUUUCCCACUUCAGGUGAUAAUGACUCACUCAAAGAAGUUACGGGCAUGGUUUCUGGUGAUCCAAUGAUGUCCAGCCAGGGUCUCAAAACUGGUGAUAUAGAUUCAGUUAGCAGUGAUUUCUGUGCUGAAGAUCCUGUCUUGGUUGACAACUGUGCUACAGAGGACAAUAACAUCUACCGUUUUCCGCUAAAUCACACGUCUGAUACUAAUGAUGAUCUCAGAUUUUUUAAUAAUAACCAUGAAGACAAAGAAAACAGCGAUCUCCUAUGUUAUGCCUGGGGAGAUAUUGGAAAUUUUGAGGAUGUUGACCAGAUGUUCAGAAGUUGUGAUUCAACGUUUGGGUUGGGGAGUCUCAGUAAUGAAGAUGAUUUGUGCUGGGUUUCAUCUUCACAUGCUACUGAAGGAUCUCAAGAUGUGUUGAAGGCUGAUGCUAAGUUGAAUGGUUUACCAGAGCAUUGUGCAACUUCCAGGCCAGACAAUGCCGGUCCUUCAACUAUUGAUUCUUACAAGAAAAAUGUACUUCUAAGUGACAAAAUAAGUUCCCUUGAUACGAGUGGUGAUAAUCCUGGUCUUGCUGACAUGUCUUCUUUGGAUGUAUCCAAUAAAGAAUCUGAAAUUAAGGAUGACUUGACACCCACUGAGCAGAUCAGCCCACAAAAAAGGCAGUCCAAGCAACUGAGAGCAUCUGGAGAAGAAACAGAUCAUCUCCUCGAAAAUGGUGGCUCUUUUCACCAUUAUGGUAAUAUCAAGCAGUUUGCAGAUGUGAAGCAUCCCUUUACUGAUUCAUCAUGUCAACUCUUUUCCCCACUGGACCUUCAACAGCACAAGCAAAACAGGGGCCCUGGUUCUGUAAGCUAUGGGCAGGCCAGUGUUCACUAUAUGCAUCUCAAUAACAGCGGUCCUUCAAACCAAAUUUCAAGAUUUCCAACUCUAACUAGUGCCAAAUCUGAAAAUAAUGGGCAUCCUUCGACAAACGAGUCAUCUUGUGCAUCGAAUCAGGCACAGUCCAUAGAGAGCUCUCGGGGUCUUUCAUUUGAGGUUCCUGACAUUAUAACGAAUGAGAAGAUGGGAAAGCCAUUUCAUCAACAAGAAACAAAAGCCCCAGUCAACGGGAAUAUCAACCAGGCAAGAGUGGAAAGUCAGAUUGCAUUUUAUGAUCCAGUCACUGUUCAAAAGCAGGUCUGUCAGUCUGAACAGGACGAAGGUCAUAGUGAAGUUGAAGGAUUUAGUGUAGGGAAGCAAGCAGAAUCAGGUUUUUCAAACAGGCAGAAAAGCUCUUGUGUAGGUUCAUUGUUGGGUGAAGUCUCACUAGAAGCAACCAGUUUUCGGCAGCUUCAACAAGUCAUGGAAAAGUUGGAUAUCAGGACAAAACUGUGCAUACGGGAUAGUCUGUAUCGCUUGGCUAGGAGUGCUGAACAAAGGCAUAACUGCACAGAUACGAAAAAUGGCAUUAGAGAUGAUGAAGAUGCAAGUGGUCCAUUGGUGGCCGAAGAAACAAACAAGUGCACUAGAUUUAUGGACAUAGAAACUGACACAAACCCGAUAGAUAGAUCCAUAGCACACUUACUAUUCCACAGGCCUUCGGAUCCGUCUAUAAGGCCUGCUACUGAUACCACUUCUCUAAAGUCUCAUGGCAUGAUUCUUGGCUCCCCCACUGCUCGACCUGCCUCCGCUGAAAAGCAAAUCGAUCAUGAAGAAAACAGUGCUGUUUCAGAUAACAACAGGUAACUUUGUGAAUUUGAUAAAAUAACAGAGUUCAGCACUUUGUAAAUUGUUAUCUUAUUUAUGAUCAUGUGAAAUGAUUGUGGGUGAGGCUCAGAAAAUACGAAGAUGAUGCAAAGGGUUGAUUCUGCAUUUUUUUUUUAGGCUUUGAUUUUUUAGAUAAUGUUUUGUUAUAACUACUUAUAAGCUAUUUGUCCACUUAUUUGUCACUAAUACUUCAAAAAAAUUUCUAUUUGUUUUUCACAAA